GAAUUGACUGAGGGAGGGUGCGCGUGCCGGCUUGUUUUUUUUUCCAGGUCACGCUGCGAUCACGUGAUAGGAAGUAGUGUCCUGUCCGAAGUGGCGGUUACUUCCGUCUAUUUCUCUCCCUGCCCCCCAUCCCUUGUUCCUGUUGCUGAGGGAAGGCUGAGGCCUUUGGGCAGGCAGUGGCCCAUCAGCCCCCCUGCAACCCCCACUGCAGAUGAGCCAUUGACAGAGUCACGGAUGACACGUCUGCACGCGAGAGCCAACCCUUUCACCCUCCUGCCUGAGGAUGAGCAAGCUGUGGGGCUUGCAGAACGGUGACCUGGAGCAGAGUCUUCCCGCCAUUGCAUCCUCUCUUUCCCACAGCCCGGGCCUCUCCCCGCACCACUUCUUCUCUCCCGAGAGGAGGCGAGCCAUUUCUGAUGUGCGUCGGACCUUCUGCCUCUUUGUGACCUUCGAUCUUCUCUUCGUCUCGCUCCUCUGGAUAAUUGAACUGAACGCAACCAAAAGCAUCCAGGAGAGUCUGAAGUAUGAAAUCAUCGAGUACAACUUUAAAACGUCCUUUUUUGACAUAUUUCUCUUGGCUUUCUUCCGGUUUUCGCUGCUGCUCCUGGGAUAUGCUGUCCUCAAGCUCCGCCACUGGUGGGUCAUUGCGAUCACUACAUUGGUGUCCAGUGCCUUCCUGAUUGUGAAAGUUAUCCUUUCAGAUCUGCUGAACAAAGGGGCUUUUGGCUAUCUGCUGCCCAUCAUUUCCUUUGUCCUUGCCUGGCUGGAAACAUGGUUUCUGGAUUUUAAAGUCUUGCCCCAAGAGGCUGAGGAAGAGCAAUGGUACCUGGCAGCUCAAGCUGCUGUGGCCCGAGGACCCCGCCUUUAUUCAGGGGCGCUUUCAGACGGCCAGUUCUACUCCCCUCCAGAAUCCGUUGCAGGAUCAGAUGACUCGGAUGAUGAACUUUUGGGAAAGAGGACAUUAACUGACCAGGAAAGAGAAUACAUCCAACAAGGCAAAGCAGCAAUGGAGGUGGUCGACCAGAUCUUAGCCCAAGAGGAGAACUGGACAUUUGAGAGAUGCAGUGAGUUUGGCGACACGGUUCACUCUCUGGAAAUGCCAUUCUACGGCAAGGUGUUCAUCCUGAAGGCAAUUCUACAGUGUCCUGCCGAGAUAGUUUACCAGGAGAUGAUUCUUCAGCCGGAGAAGAUGGUCCUGUGGAAUAAAACCUUGUUAGCAUGCCAGAUCUUGCAACGGAUUGAUGACAACACAAUUGUAUCCUAUGAUGUAGCAGCUGGUGCUGCUGCUGGCGUUGUGUCACCCAGGGACUUCAUAAAUGUGCGUCGGAUUGAGAGAAGGAGAGACCGGUACAUUUCAUCAGGGAUGGCAACAGUUCACAGCGCACGUCCCCCUACUUCCAAAUAUGUCAGGGCGGAAAAUGGUCCAGGUGGUUUCGUUGCUCUGAAAUGUCCCACUAACCCGAACCUCUGUACCUUGUUCUGGAUACUCAAUACAGACCUCAAGGGCCGACUUCCCCGCUACCUCAUCAACCAAAGCUUGAGCGCCACCAUGACGGAAUUUAUUUUCCACCUGCGCAAACGUAUUAUGGAGGUCAUGGCGAGGUCUUAGGUUCUUGGAACUCCUUGCUCUGAUGUUGCCUUUUGAGCGUGCUCAAACCCAACAAGGUCCAAAGAACUGGAGUAUCUUUUUUCCUUCUUCUUCUACUUCUUCUUCUUCUCUCUCUUCCUGCCAGAGAACAAAGACAAAAUCUCACAGCUGACGUUCUGGAUCAGGCUGAAGAGCCUUUCCUUGUGUCUUCAGGUUGUCAGCCAGGUAAAGGGCUGAAGGUGAUGACCAAAUGGCAAGAGGGAGAUCGAGACAAAGCAGGUGGUCCGUGCCCAAGCGAAUUGGUGAGAAGCACCAAGGUGGCUUCUUCCAGCCUUUCACCGAUGAUCAAAGUUAACAUUGCUACUAGAACUUGAGCCAUGUAUGGAUUCCGAUGUGCCAAAUUCCUUCAUGAUCAUGCUUCCAGAACCUGCUAAGUGCUUACCUGUAUAGCCCCCUUCCUUUCUCCCUGGGUGUAAUCAUGAUUUGUGUGUCCAUAAACUUAUCCAGUUGCCUUCCAUGGCGGAACAGAAGUGCAACAUCAGAUAACCUGCACACACAGUCGCACGGCUGAAGUGCAGCAGGUUAAGCCAGAAAGUGUCCCAGGCACUGCUACUGGUCGUCCACCUUUCGGCAUAGCUGUGACGGCGUCAGGAGGUUUUACUGCCCGAAUGUUUGGAUGAAAUUUGCCAAUUGUAUGGUUGGUAAUGGCCAGAGAGAACGAAAUCUCCUGCCCCCCUGUCAAGUACCUGGUCUUCAGUGGUGCACCAAAACUGACACCUUGGCUUGAAAGCAUUGCUGUUCCCAGUUCCGUGUUGCUUUAUUUUCCAGUUUCUCCUCCUGCCCAUGAGUAGCAAAGACUAUAAAAUAAGCUUCCGUAGACUAAACUGACCCAGUGGUUGGUUGGUGGUUCCUGGGUUUGAUUGUGGCCUCAUCAUUCUGGAGUAGGCUUCAAAUGUUAGUAAUGGAGGCCAAGAUCUAUAAUUGGUUCUAUUGACUUGUUAAUAUAUAGAGAGGCCAGAGCCCUUAUCUGCCACUCCAGAGUGUGUGUGUGUGUGCGCGUGUGCGCGUGUGCGUGUGUGUGUGUGUGUGUGUAGUGGAGGAGCAUCCUUGGAAACUUCCUGCCUGGUGCCUAUCAGAGCUAAGCAUUGAAAGCAGCCUGUUGUUUCAUGAAGCAUGAGCUGGGUUUGCCAUAGAAGUAAGACUAGUAUAGACCUAUCACCAGAGCAGAUGUUUAUAUUAACCUCCUUCCUUCGCUCCCCAGAGUCCUUAAGUUGCCUUCCUCUGCUCUCCUGCAUUCGCUGUUGAUAACCAGUAUUCUCCAGGUGAAAAACUACGUAGCUCAUGAAUCAAUCUUCAGAGCCUUGAGUUCUGUGUCUCUCUCCCCACACCCCGCCUUGCUUGGGUGUAGAAAGCUGGAGAUGUGGUGGACAUAACAUCUACAGGCCUUUUGGUCUGCAAUUGACUGAAUUUGCCUUGAGUGGAAUCGACAUUUCUAAUCCCUUCAGAGGAUCAGCUUUGGGACACAGGAGGGUGGGGCGGAAGUGAAAUGCCUUUGCUUCAACAUAAUAAGUGCAAUAAUCCUGGCACAGAGCUAACAUGCAACUUACCAGAAGUGUCCAAAGUUCUUGGCCUCAAAUGUUAACUGUUGUCCAAAGCCAUUUGGGUUAAACUGCACUGACUCUUGUGAUUCUCCACUUCAGCGGGACAGCUUUCAGCAGAAGUAGUAUGGGGGAUUGCACAGAGAUUGCAGCCUUAAGGCAGAUUCCUGCACUUUUAAAGGCUCUAGAAUCAGAAUUAGUCUUGUAGCGAGAAUCACGCAUGGCUGCUUGCUCGCUCAGUGCAUUUGAAGACCCCAAGGCAGGACUUGAAGUCAAAAGGUUGAAAUGAAAGCAAAUAAAUAUAUUCUGCACUGGAUUUAUUGGGGGAGCAAACUGCACACCUGGCUUACACAACAACAGGGCAACUAGCAUGUGUGCCAGACCUGUUCUUGCAGGCGUAUUUUCAGCAGUUGAGCCCCCCCCCCCCACUUUUGUAUACUGGUUUCUCCCCUUUGCCUUGCCUCUGUGUGUUUUGUGCAGUGGGUGGAACUUGUAGGAAGUCCUGUCCCCUCCAUCUGAUAUCUUUGUCGGAAUAGGGAGGCUUGUAAGAAGCCUUUCCUAUUGCGGGGUGGGGUGAGUUUCCAGACACCACAAUAGGCUUCCAAGGAUGAAAAAGAGGCUCGCCAUCCAGGGAAGUUGUCCGAAGUGACUUGCUUUACAAUAUUUCUACAUUUUUUGCCAGCAUCGGAGAUUUGCCCGAGUUCCCGUUUCUAAGAAUCGGCUAUUAAUCUUAUUAAAGCGCCUUGGGUUGUUCGUAAGCAUUUCAAAUGGACUGUGAAAAGGGAGGCUUACAGACUUCAUGAAUCUAAUGCACAGAAACUGUUUUCUUUUAUGUGUGCAUCGGGAGUGGACCUGCACACCUCAUUUAAAAAGCCACUUGAAUAACACGUAUGCCUUUUGCAUUGAUUCUUUGUUACUUGAUCUAAUAAAAUCUAGUGACAACUUU